GUCCGUUCCGGCGGCUGCGGCGCGGCCAUGGCGCCCAAGGGGAAGGCGGGCACUAAGGGCAAGAAGCAGAUCUUCGAGGAGAACCGGGAGACGCUGCGCUUCUACCUCCGCAUCAUCCUGGGAGCUUCCGUCAUCUACGCCGUGGUGAACCUGGUGAUCUUCUACCCCGCCGCCUCAGCCUGGACGUGGGUCGCCUUCGUCUUCAGCUCGGUGGUGUACGGCUCCAGCUACCGCUCCAUGAACUCCAUGGCAAAGCCGUCUUUCACGGACGACGGCAGCCUUGCUGACGGGGGGAUUGACCUGAACAUGGAGCAGGGGAUGGCAGAGCACCUCAAGGAUGUGAUCCUGCUGACAGCUAUAGUCCAAGUGCUGAGCUGCUUCUCCCUCUAUGUUUGGUACUUCUGGCUCCUGGCUCCGGGCCGUGCCCUGUACCUGCUGUGGGUGAACUUCUUGGGCCCGUGGCUGGCAGCAGACUCGUCCCCGGCCGCACAGGAGCCCAGCGACAAGAAGCAGCGCCGGCAGGAACGUCGCCAGAUGAAACGCUUCUAGGCUGUGCCCGAGGCUCCACCACCUCUCAUCUCCAUCCCCUCAGCUCAGCAGGGGCUCGAGCCAGCCCUCUCCAAAGCCAUCGCAGUAGCUCUGCUGCCCUCUGCCAGCGCUGCCGGGCUGCAGGAGACCAACCCCCCCCCCACCUCCCCGCCCCGUGUGUGGCUCCUGGGGCUGGUCCUGGCCUGGCUCUGUGGGGUGAGGAGGGGAGGGUGAUGCUCAGAUCCCUGCAAAUACCUUUUCUAAGCAGUGCUGUGUUGUGUUCCAGGCUGGGGAUUGCAGUGUUGGAGGCAUUAAAGAGCAGAACACA